AUGCACGACACCGAGAAAGUUGCUGACUAUGGCUCCGAGUAUGGCAGUACUGGCAGAGAAAAUAUCUACAAGCUACAAACCCCUCAUUCCAACUGUAUGCAGCUGGUCUCUUGCCCGUCUGAUCCCAGGGAAGGCGGCCAUGAGCCGCGAAGCCGGGUUUGGACCUGGAGAGCCCAUGCGCAGCUGGUGUCGAGUGUGGAUUGGGCCAUGCGGUGGCGGGGUACUAUGAACUGUCUGUCCUUCUCGGAGCUGGAUGAUCUUGAUAUAUUUGAGAUGGAUGAGAUAGCGCUGGAGGCAUUCUGGGCGAGAGUGUGGAAGUGUUAUCUGCAGUACACGGAGUGA